AAAUAACCCGACCCUUCUUCCCUUCAUUCGAGAAAACCCCUAAAUCCCUUAACCCCCUCUUCUCCCCUUCGUUUAAGAAAAGCUAAUCAGAGAGGUUGAGUACUCCGCGAGACCCUAGCAUUAUUCUUCCCCAUCUCCGUUCUCAGCGGCCGGCGACAGUGACCUUAAUCUCUUUGCAUAAAAGCCCGUGAUCGCCAUAGUUAAAACCCCCUGCUCCCUUCGUCUUCUCCGUUUCUCUUCUCAUGAAGUAUUGAAAUCGAGAGUGAUUACAGCUGUGGCAGAGCAGUAUCUCCCUUCUUCUCCUUCUCCAUUGAGCCAGCGAUUCUACUCUUCUCUGUGCUGAUUUACAGGAUUACUAUGGAUGAGAUCCGGGAGAAUAAGGUACAGAGAUUCGAGGAAUUCAUCGACUGCCGCUUGAAGCCAGAUCUUGUCCGUGCCAUUGCUGAACGGGACAAGGUUUUUGAACAACAGAAAAUUUUCUUGGACCUAAAAAGGAAUAUAGAGAAUCUGGAGAAGAAUGAUGUGACUAGCCUCCGUACUUUGGUCAACCUUGGUUCUGAGGUGUAUAUGCAAGCUGAUGUGCCAGAUACACAGCACAUAUUUGUGGACAUUGGACUGGGCUUUCAUGUAGAGUUUACCUGGUCUGAAGCUUUGGAGUUCAUAUCAAAAAAGGAAGAAAGAUUAGAUAGGCAGAUUGAGGAGUAUACGCAACUAAUUGCAUCAAUCAAAGCCCAAAUCAAGUUGGUUUACGAAGGUAUUCGAGAGUUGCUUGAACUUUCAGCAGAUAGAUCUUACUGAUAUCUUCAGUGUUGCUUCUGAAAUUUUUUUACUCUUUAGAAGGGGGUUCCCCACAUUCAUAUGUAUAUGUCAGCUGACUUCGCUUAAUGUUGAUACAUAAGCUCCAGGAAAAGGGACACUCCAAUUAUACCUUUAAUUGUUGUGGAAAUCUGUUCAGAUACAGUGACGUGAUAUUGUUUGCCCACCUCUAAUUAAUUGGAAGAGGGAAGUAAACGAUCUGCAGCUUUGAACACUAA